AUGCCUAGGAAACGGAAAGCUGCAGUCAGUUCGGUCGACAUCGAAGAGUUUGCUCCCUGGACCCCUGUUGCGGAUGGGCCUCGCGUUGAGGAGCACGCCACAAUUGAACUCACCAAAACGGGCGAAGCACAGUGCUCAAGCUCGUUCAUUACAAUCCCACCUUCUCCCGUCAAACCCGGCGCCGUUGGCGGGGGCGUUCCCGAUUUUGACCAUGUCGGUCUGGCGGAUUUCUUUUCUUCUACCCUUGAGGCGGAUGAACCCGACGAAGAUUCCGAUGACGACACUGUUCCUCUUGAAGACUCGGGCCGUGCGAAGAAGACAAGGCAUUUUGCGUCCGACCAUCCGUUUUUGGGUUUCGUGGACCAGGUAGACACCAUCCUCGACGAGCUUCUGCGCCGUGAUGGACUUGGAGAUCACUCGGCCCGUUGCGACACGUGCUGUAUGGAAUUUACGGAUGACAACAGGGGGUUUCGAUGCAGGGAUUGCUUCAUGCCCGAGCUUCUGUGCCGCGAUUGCCUGGUUGAGGCGCACGUCACAAUCCCAUUUCAUUCUCCGGAGGAGUGGAACGGGUCGUUCUUUGAGAAGACGAGUCUCAAGCGACUGGGAAGCCGCAUCCAACUAGGGCAUGCACUGCACGCGCAUUGUCCGAGCCCCGCACGCGCUUUCAACGACGACUUUGUUGUUGUUGCGUCCGAUGGGAUCCACUCCGCAGGGUUGGAUUUUUGUGGAUGCACGGGGGCUCCUUCUCAUUUCGUACAGUUACUCCGUGCAGGGCUAUUCCCGGCAACCACGCUUGAUCCAAAGACAGCCGCCACCUUUGAUGUACUCAGAACUUUCCAGAUGCUUUCGUUUACGUCCAAGAUAUCCGCCUUCGAGUUUUACAAUGCGCUCAGUCGUCGUUCGGACAACACCGGUACAGAGAAAGUUCCCGACAGGUACAACGCGUUUUUACGCAUGGUCCAUGUGUUCCGUCACGUCCGCCUUCUCAAGCGGAGUGGCCGUGGCCAUGAUCCCACAGGUUCCUGGGGAACGCUCCCCGGGGAGUGCGCUGUCCUGUGCCCCGCUUGCCCAUACCCUGGAAUAAACCUCCCCAAAGGUUGGGAGAAGACCUCGAAAGAAGAACGCUACAUCUACCAGCUGUUCCUAGCUUUGGACGCGAACUUCCGGCUGAGACGUAAGGACGUGUCCAGCGACGAAAAAGAUCCGGGUUUGAACAAGGGCUACUCGUACAUUGUGGAUGAGACUCAGUUCAAAACCCAUCUUCGUGCAUUUGGUGGAGCCUUCGAUGACGACAAAAGCAGCUGUAAUAAUCACGAUGCCAUCAAAUCCGCAAGUAGCCGCGGUGGAAAGGGCACUGCCGCAACGGGGAUGGGAACUGCUCAGUGUAGCCGCCACGACAUGAGUCGCCCGUUGGGCCUAGGCGACCUCCAAAAGGGGGAACGUUACGUCAAUAUGGACUACUUCUUCCUGUCUACACUUUUGUUUCCAGCGCCUCCAAAUCUGUCUGACACGGUAUUCACAUUUCUCAUCCCGAAGUUCCAUCUCCCAGCCCAUAUCUCGGCGUGUCAGUCGUCUUUUUCGUUCAACUUCACACUUGGAGUUGGCAGGACGGACGGUGAGGCGCCGGAGCGUACGUGGGCUGGCAGCAAUGACCUCGCAUCAAGUACACAAGAAAUGGGUCCGGGGUCUCGCCGGGAUAGCAUCGACGACGCUCACGGCGAUCGGAAUUGGCAUAAAUCCGUCAAAAUAGUCCAAACUUUGAUGGAGCGUGCGGAGGAAGCACUGGAGAAGCGUACCGAAAAGGUUCAAGCUUUCCGUGACUUCUCGGCGGCAUUGGAGGCGAACUCGGUGGAACUGUGGACAGACAUGGUCAGGGCAUGGGAGGCUAAUCCAAGCCAGCCAAACCCGUAUGCUUCCUCAAAAUCCCACAUGACACCAAACGCUGUACGGUUAAAACUGGCGGAAGAGGAGGAGGCGGCUUUGAAGGAAGGAAAAUCUGUGUCCGCCCACGCGGUAGUCACGCCAAGCGAGUUUAUUGUCCAAGGAUUGGACCUGGAGGCCGCCCAGGAACGACUAAAUCUUGACGCCGAUAUGCUCGGGCCUCACUCAACGGAUCGUCAACGCACGCGGGUCCUGGAGCGCUCCAACUCCAUCAGGAGACGCAUCGACGCUUGGACUAAUUUGCAGACCUUUUUCAUGCCUGCCGUAGCUGCUCGUCGCGAAUCCAGCUCUGGCCCCGCUGAGGAGACAGGGAAAUACAGCCUCUUUCUUCCCUCUUCGGUUUGCGGCUCCAUCAGUGUUGACCCCCGUUUGUUGGAUUGCGAACAGAGGUUGCGGGUGGCCCAGGCAGAGGCUGCGUUACACGAUUUACGUGUUGGAGAGGGUGGAUAG